CUCAGUAUAGAUUGUGAAGUUAUUAGAAGUACAGGUGCCAAAAUGUUUAGCUGGAGAGAAUUACUUGGGAUUUUGAUACUUUCUGAGAUCGGAUGGUCUGCUCCAAUGCUGUGUCACCUCCCAGACUCAUUUAACAAAGGUCAUUGUGUAUCUACAAAAGACUGCACAUCCGUCGACUUAUCAGGAAGUUUAAUCUCACCAGAUGCAUUUGAAGACUUUUCAAAGCGACGAGAAAGCUGUUCUGCUUUUGGAUCUAACUUAGUUUGCUGUGAAAUCACGAUGUAUACUCCUCAAUUUGAUCCAAUAACUAUGAUGAGCUCAAUGACAACCUCAGAAGCUCCUGUAUCAGUUACAACAACCACAACUGUUGAAACAACAACAAGUAAAAUAGAAAAUACGACAAUAGUAAAACCUGAUGAUAUUGAAGUAAAAGUGGAGCUAGGUGACAUCACUGAUCAUAAAAAUUUCAAACUUUUUGAUCCAAAGACUUGUGGAAAAUCAUUUUUGAAGAGAGUUGCGAAUGGAGAAAAUGCUGAAGUUCUCGAGUUUCCCUGGAUUGUUCGUUUCAAAUAUCAAGGAAAGCGGAAAUCUUUUUAUGGAUGUGCUGGUUCACUGAUAUCAGAGUAUUACGUCCUUACAGCUGCUCAUUGCGUUGUUAACACUGAUAAAUUAGUAAGAAUUCGUCUAGGAGAGCACAAUGCGACAUCCGAUGUGGAUUGUAAUGAAGAAAUGGUUUGUGCAGAUCCCGUGCAAGAUGUUGAAAUUGCAUCCAUUAUUGCACAUCCUAAAUAUGAUCCAGUAAAUAUAGUCAAUGACAUUGCAUUAAUUCGUUUAUCUAAUCCAGCAAAAGUUAACCAAAAUAACAUCAGAACUAUAUGCUUGCCAUUAGAUGAAGUAUCAGCAAAAAGAAUAGGACCAAAUUAUCAAGUGAUUGGAUGGGGUGCAACAGAAAAUAGUACAUCAAGUACGAUUCUACAAAAGGCUUUUGUUCCACCUGUAAAUAUAAGUGAAUGUGAAGAGAAAUUUGCAAAAAUAAAGAAAUUAAAUUUAAGUAAUGAUCAGAUGUGUGCCGGUGGUGUGGCUCAAGUUGAUGCAUGCAAAGGUGACUCAGGCGGUCCACUUCAAGCUGGCGGUAAAGUUAAUAAAAUGAUUCGAGUUGUACAAUUCGGGAUUGUGUCGUACGGUGUAAGAACAUGCGGUGAAAAAAGCUAUCCUGGAAUUUAUACAAAUGUUAAAAGUUAUCUACAUUGGAUACUCGACAACAUGUCCUGAAUUUAGUUCUAAUGGACAUAAUAGAGAUAAGAAGAUAUAGAAAAACCAUUUUUACGAUAAGAAAAUGUUUAUUGUUAAAUUAAAAAUAAAAAUUGGAACGAAAGAAACUCAAAUUUGAUGUCUGUCCACUUAUCUUCGAAUAGAAAAUCUUUCCAAUAUCGUUUAUGGCAUUUUUAUGGCUGUUUUUUUUAAGGAUUCUUGAGAUGCACACAAGAAAAAAAGGGGAGAAAAUCGUUUAUUUCUGCGGGAAUAUUCCGAUUCAAAAAUGAAAAUUUUGCAUGAACAAAGGCUAUUCAUAAAUAUCAUAAGUAUUUGGUUUCCUUCUUUUUAUUUCGAAUAUCUGAUAAGGAUCAUAAAUUCAAUAAAAUGACAUCCCAUGGCUCCAUAUUUUUCUACUCUUUUUCCUCUUU